CAGGCUAGUGCGACCGAUGGAACGUCUCAAAACUGCCGGCAUCGCAACCCCUCCGAACCAGUGGCUUCUGUCAACGAGGGCCAAUGUAACUGCACGGUUGCGCAUCGCCAGCUCUCUAUGGGUGUUACUAGUGUGCGUCGCUGGGUAUGCAUGGUGGGUUCUACCUGUGUCGACGCGCAGCAACACAACCAUGGAGCAUUCACAAUCAGAAUUUACGUGGAGUAAGAUCACACCAUCCGCAUCGCUGCAGUAUCAUGAUUGCUUCGAUGGGCUCCAGUGCGCCCGUUUGGAGGUGCCCAUGGAUUACCACCGCUCGGAUGGUCUCGGCCAGCGCUUUGCGAUUGCCAUCACUCGUCUUCCGGCCAAGGUGUCAGUAGCAGACCCACGCUACGGCGGUGCGGUACUGGUCAACCCAGGAGGCCCUGGUGGUUCGGGAGUCGCUGAAGUGCUCAUAGAUGGGAGAAAUUUGCAAGCCACUAUGGAUGCAGAGGCAGAUCCCAAUGUUGAAUCGCUCGGAGACAGCGUUCGCGACAAGUACUACGAUGUGAUCGGAUUUGAUCCUCGCGGGGUGAACAAUACGACACCGGGCUUCAGUUGCUUUCCGAACAUAUUCGCGCAAAGGAAUUGGGAGUUACAGGUGGCGGCCGACGGCAUGCUGGGAAGCGCCGACGGCGCAUUUCGCCGCAACUGGGAGCGCUCGGUCGCUCUUAACAUGGGAUGCUCGAUUAACCUGUCUACUCCGUUUGAAAAUGGAGAUGAGGCCUUGGGAGAACACAUGAACACGCUUCCGGUCGCUCGCGACAUGUUGGAAGUUAUUGAGCGGCAUGGGGAGUGGCGUGAGAAAGAAGGCGCAGAAGCACAGCGACAGCAGGAUCGAAUCGAUGGCUACGACCAGCACCAGAAGCUUGUGGCUCGGACGAAGUGGAAUCGAGGCCGAGAAAAAUUGCUAUAUUGGGGCCGAUCCUACGGGACUGUCUUAGGCGCGACAUUCGCCACACUAUUCCCCGAUCGCGUAGAACGUGCUGUGCUGGAUGCGGUGGUCGACGCGGACAAAUACUAUUUUGAUGAUGGCCUCAGUGCCAUCGAAGAUGCCGAUGCUAUCUUCGAUCGGUUUGCGCAGUACUGCGACACGGCUGGACCAGAACAAUGUCCAUUCUAUACCUCCGGUGGAGCACUAGCUAUCAAGCAAGCGUAUCUUGAUCUGGAGGAUACAUUGUAUAAUGCGUCACUGCCCGUCAUAGCAUCUCCCACUCGAGGUCCGGAACUUGUCACUUGGAGCGACCUGAAAAACAUCUUGCGCCUGGCCAUGUACCAGCCCAUAGAGGGCUUCCCACCUCUUGCCCAGUUUGCAAGUGAUUUGACUCGAGGAGAUGGAUCGGGAGUGGCGGAUAUGAAGAGCAGCGCUCGCGCUCCCUCGUGUCCUUCUGAUCAGUGUGUUCAAGCCGGGCCAUGGUCAGCAGUUUGCCAGGUGCCGGGUCAGAAUGAGGCAUAUGCCAGCUCAGCGGUGCUAUGUACGGACGCAGUCUACCUGCAGAAUACGGAUGAAGAGGACUUCCAUCGAUAUUGGAAGGCACUGAAAGAGGAUAGUUCCAUGAUUGCAGAUUACUGGGCUAGUCUCCGCAUGGGAUGCGUGGGGUGGAAUAUUUCACCCAAAUGGCAACUCAAAGGACCCGUAGGAGGCAAUACGUCCCACCCACUACUUCUUGUAAACAACAUGCUAGACCCCGUGACACCUAUGCGCAGUGCUCAGAAAAUGUCGCAGAGGUUUCCUGGCUCUGUCGUACUUCAGCAGGACUCGGAAGGACAUUCUACUUUAGCUGCCCCCUCGCGUUGUGUCGACCAGGCGAUCCGGAAGUAUUUCCAAACGGGGGAGCUGCCACUGUCUGAUACGGUCUGCGAGGCCGACCUGAAGCCGCUGAUCGGCAUCCCUACAGUCAAACAGGGGAUCAGAAGCAGAAGCCAGAGCGAUCGGAAACCGUACGAGAGGCUCGAGGUAAAGUCGCGCAGUUUACCCUGGGCGCGAUUACCAUUCUAGCGGAUGUGAUUGGGAGCCGCCGGUGUGGGCCUUGUGCUCCCUUAUCAUGGAUCAUGGAUCAUGGAUUUGACCUCCACCUUCCUAUCUCGCGCUUUCUUUCAUCGGGUUGUAUAUAUCGAAGAUAACAGCGAUUGCACAUCUCUCAUUGCUGUGCCCUCGAUCUCGUCCGACUAUAACGCCUACCAUGAAGAGCUUUACAUAGAACCAGUUUACAAUCUUGGGCUUCAGAAAUACU